GCUCCGCGGCGUCUGCGUGCGGCAUCCAUCCAUCGUCUCCUACUCUCCUCUCGCUCUCGCUCUCUCCUACCGCCGGCAGAACCAAAAGGGGGAAGCGCUCGACGAACCAUCUCGGCGGCCGAUCCCAUGGCGUCCGCGGCGUUCCGCACCGCCUGCAAGCGCCUCGGCGGCCGCGCCUUCCGUCCAGCGCUGGCCGCGGCGGCGGCGGCGCAGCAGCCCGCGCCUUCUCGCCUCCUGCACUCCAAGGGGCUGAUAAGGACCUUGAGCAGCAAUGUUCCCGCACUGAUUGUCCAGAAACCACAGAACUUCAAAAAGGUCCAUCUUGAGGUGUCGGGCAGACUGGUCCCGGUGAUAGGGUUAACAGACAUGAGCAUGUACAAGGUCUCUUUUUGUGCUGACGACCCAGACAUUGCAGUAAAUGUUGUCAGGCGUUUCAUGAGGGCUCUUCAAUCAGACAGACUGGAGGAUCUCAAGUCCUACCUUAGUCAUGAUGUUUCGAUUGUUGAGAUCAAAAAGAUCGUAGGGGAAGGGGUCAUGCAGGUCCAACUUCAGUCCUUGGAGCACACUGUGGAAGUCAAAUUUGAGCUUGGUUCGCUUAAGGAAUUGGUGAGGGCCGAGGGAGUGUCCACGAGGAACGAGGUGAAGGCCGUCCACAAGGAGCUCACCGAAGUUGAUUUCGCGAAGGUGGUGCUAAAGGGGUGCGUCGUAAACUGCGUGUUCAUGCUCCUAGUGGCCGUGUGGGGCGGGCUUACGUUUGCCACGUCAGCGGAGCUGGAGAUGGCCAUGCCUAACAUUGUGUCAGCUUAGGAGGGGUAAGAGCGGGUGUGAGGUAGGUGGUGGUGGUGUAUCCAGUUUUAUGUCUUGGCGUUCAGUCUGAAACUGGCAUUUUGGGGAUGUUGCUUGAUCCGUGUUGGUGAGUGUAGGUAGAAACGGACGUGAAUCUGAAAUGUUCAAGAUGUUGGUUGGGACCUUGAUGAUAUGAAAUUGGAGAUGUGUUGGCCGGUGGGA